AAUUGAUCUGCAUCCCUGGUCGCUGAUCUUCCUCCUCCUUCUCGCCGUCAGAUCCUGCAGAGAUGUCCUUCCCGUCCUCUGGAAAAGUUAUUGUCAAGAACGUUAUCUCGGGCGACACCGUUGUCCUCCGUGGCCGCCCCGUUCAGGGCCCCCCUCCCGAGAAGAUCUUUUCGUUUGCCAACCUCGUUGUUCCCCGCAUCGGCUCGCAGAGAGAGCCCGAGAAGGAGGAGCCUUUUGGAUUCGAAGCUCGGGAGUAUCUUCGACGACUCCUCGUCGGCAAGGAAGUCAACUUCAAGGUCGAGUACACGACCAAUUCUCAACGCGAUUUCGGACACUUGAUCAUCCCGGUUGCCAUCAAUGGCGAGACCAAUGUCUCCCGACUGCUGAUCAAAGAAGGUCUGGCCAAAGCCAAGCCAGUGGAUGGUCGACGGGCCCCCACCGAUGAGCAAAUAGAAUUGCUGGCCCUGGAGGAGACUGCCCGCACUGCCCAAAUCGGCCUCUGGUCUGGAACCGAAGUGACCCGCUCGGUAGAGUACAAUCCCCCAGAAGACGCCCGCCGAUUCCUGGAACAGUAUAAGGGAAAGCCCAUCGACGCGAUUAUCGAGCAAGUUCGAGAUGGAUCUACCUUCCGUGUCUGUCUGCUCCUUUCGGACACUCAGCACCAGCUCAUCACUCUGCAGCUCUCCGGUGUCAAAGCACCCAUCUACCGAAAAGACGUCCCAGGCGUCCCAGACCUCCUCGAGCCCUAUAGUGAAGAGGCAAGGUAUUUUGUGGAGUCUCGUCUGCUGAACCGCGAUGUCAAGAUCCAGCUUGAGGGCCUCUCCAGCCAAAACACCUUCAUCGGCACCGUUCAGUUCCCGAUGGGCAACAUCUCCGAGGCUUUGGUGGCUGAGGGCCUUGCCAAAGUUGUCGACUGGACCAUCACCAUGGUAACCGGUGGCCCACAAAAGCUCCGGGCCGCGGAGCAAAAGGCAAAGGAGCGCAAAGUGCGCCUCUGGAAGGACUAUGUCGCCAAAACCCCCGUCAAAAGCACUGCUGGAUCUGAGACCUCAUUCGACGCCAUCGUCACCCGUAUCCUGACGGCUGACACCGUCCAGGUCGAGAACGUCGCCACCCAUGCCGAGCGAAAGAUCUCGCUCGCCAGCGUCCGACCCCCCAAGCUCAAGGAUGCUAAGGAGCAAUACUUUGCCGUCGAAGCCAAGGAGUUCCUGCGCUCCCGUCUGAUCGGCAAGCAGGUUCACAUCAACAUCGACUACAUCAAGCCCGCCGAGGGCGAGUUUGACGAGCGACACUGUGCUACCAUCCGAUCCGGAAAUACCAACAUUGCCGAGGCCCUGAUCACCAAGGGCUUGGCCUUUGUAAUGCGCCACCGCAAGGAUGAUGACAACCGUGCUUCGGCCUAUGACCAGCUCCUUCUCGCCGAGGAGAAGGCCCUGGCUGCUGGCAAGGGUGUGCACGCCAUCAAAGUCGCUGAGGAGCGUGCUGCCAACGGUGGCCCCGUCAAGGAGCUGCCGACCUACCGCGAGCCAAUCAACGCAUCCGAGAGCGCCGCCAAAGCCAAGCAGUUCUUUGCUUCGCUGCAGCGGGCUGGCCGAGUCGCUGGUGUUGUCGAGAACAUUGCCAGCGGAUCCCGAUACCGUAUCUUUGUUCCCAGUCAAAACAUCAAGAUUACUCUUGUUCUGGGCGGCCUGCGUGCACCCAGAGCCGGUGGACGCCCCGGCGAGACAGCCGAGCCGUUUGGAAACGAAGGUCUGGAGCUGGCUAUGAAGAAGCUCUUCCAGCGCGACGUGCAGUUCCAGGUCGAGUCGCAGGACAAGGUCGGUGGCUUUAUCGGCUCUCUGUUCCUGACCACCGGAUCUGGCGCACAGGCCAAGACCGAGAACGUUGCUUCCCUGAUUCUGGAACAAGGCUUUGCCCGUGUCCACGAGUACAGUGCUCAACAGAGCCCCUUUGGUCGCGAGUUGAUCGAAGCCGAGCAGAAGGCCAAGGAUGCUCGCCGAGGCCUGUGGAGCUUGGAGAAGAACUGGGCCCAGGAGGUUCCCGAAGAGACUGCUGCGGCCACUGUUACCGAGUCUCGGGAUCUUGUAGUGAGCGAGAUCCUCGGUCGCGGAACGCUAUAUGUUCAAGUGCUGAACAACGAGAUCCAGAGACUGGAGAAACUGAUGAACGACCUGGCAACCUAUCAGAGCAGGGCUCCUGCCUCUGCCAGUGCCGGAUACACCCCCAAGUCGGGCGAGCUCUGCAUCGCCAAGUCGGCAGCCGACCAGGGCUGGUACCGCGCUCGCAUUCGCCGAAUCAACCCGGACCGAUCUCUCCACGUUUUUUACAUCGACUACGGCAACACCGAGGACCUGCCUUUCUCAAACGUGCGUCCUCUCGUCGCUCCCUUUGGCAUCCAAGACCUGAAGCCCCAAGCCCAGGAGGCCCGUCUGGCCUAUCUGCGUGUGGCCGAGCUUGGCGAGGACUGGGGCCACGAGGCCCGCGAUUUCCUGACUGAAGUUGUCCAGGGCCGCACUGUGCAUGCCAAGAUACUGGGCAACGUCGCCAGUGCAGUUGGAAGCGGUACUGCGCUGAACGUCGUUUUGUAUGAACGCAGCGACAGCAAGAUCAGCAUCAACGAAGACCUGGUGUACGAGGGUCUGGCAACGGUUUCGAAGGAUAUCGUCAAGAAGUACCACCGCGACCGCGCUGCUGGCUCCAAGAACGAGGUUUUGGACAGCCUUCUGGAUGCACAGGACAAGGCUAAGAGGAGCAGGGUCAACAUGUGGCGAUACGGCGACUUUACUGAAGACGACGAGCUCUAGAUCCGAAGAACCCCAUAUCAACUUUGAUGGCGUCGCCAGUCCGGACCGUGCUUGAAUGAGAGGGAGGGGCGAGAGGGCGGGCGUGUAAGUUGCAUCCCCCCCCCCGCAAAACGUUUGUGACCAUGUGGAUGAACUCGGCAUACCAAGCUGGCAGCACGGCCCAAUACAGCUCAGUUGAGGAACGUACCAACCAAG